GAACAUCGAUCAUUGUACAGAACCUCUGUGUGAGGUCCCGAUCAUGUGAUCACUGAUUGGCCAAUCAGUGAUCACAUGAAGAGUAGUAAGCAAGAUGUCACUUAUGACAUCAUUGCUUACUACGCGUGAAAUCUGUGAAUGAUCACAGAGAUCACAUGGUACAAGGCUACUCACAACAGUCUGUACCAUGUUGUACCAUGUGACAAGCUGUGACCAAUCACAGCUCUCACAGUAUUUCUCAAUGGCUGCAAGAAUGCAGCCAGAGAGAAGGAGAAAUUAUUGCUUUUACAGCCUUUAUGGGUGUAAAAGCAAUCAGUGUAAAAAA